CAAGUUAUGUGAGACUCUGUACAAUCCAUAUAAUUUCUCAUUCUCUUAUCUUUAAAAUGGGCCCAUUUGCUCUUUCCCUAAGCGGCCUGAGGUAAUCUGUGAAAAUGGUUCACUAUUCACUUAACCCGGAGAACCUCAUGAUAUCAUGCAAAUCAAGAGGUUCCAAUCUUCGUGUUUACUUUAAGAACAUUCGUGAAACUGCCCAGGCCAUCAAGGGUAUGCAUAUACGAAAAGCCAUGAAGUACCUGAAAGAUGUCACUUUACAGAAACAGUGCGUACCAUUCCGACGUUACAAUGGUGGAGCUGGCAGGUGUGCCCAGGCCAAGCAGUGGGGCUGGACACAAGGUCAGUGGCCCAAAAAGAGUGCUGAAUUUUUGCUGCACAUGCUUAAAAAUGCAGAGAGUAAUGCUGAACUUAAGGGUUUAAAUGUAGAUUCUCUGGUCAUUGAGCAUAUCCAAGUGAACAAAACACCUAAGAUGUGCCGCCGGACCUACAGAGCUCAUGGUUGGAUUAACCCAUCCAUGAGCUCUCCCUGCCACAUUGAGAUGAUCCUUACUGAAAAGGAACAGAUUGUUCCUAAACCAGAAGAGGAGGUUGCCCAGAAGAAAAUGAUAUCCCAAAGAAACUGAAGAAACAAAAACUUAUGGCACAGGAGUAAAUUCAGCAUUAAAAUAAAUGUAAUUAAAAGGGAAAAAAAAAAACAGGGCCCAUUUGUCCUAUCCACCUUAUAGGUUAUCAUGAGGGUCAAAUCAAAUGAAAUAAUAGAUUUGAGUGCACUUUGGGAACUAUAAAGUGCUAUAUAAAGAAUAAUAAUAAAAAAUUAUUUUCAGUCCCACCAACUUGCAGUGUGACUUCAGAGACUCAGUCUCUCUGAGUUUACAAUUUAUCUGCAAAGAGUUUCUUCUACCUACUUUAGGCAGUAGGUAUGCAGUAAGAAUUCUGCAGUGGGCAGAAUUCUUAAUGGAAAAAGCUGAUAUUGUGCCAGUGCAUUCCAGCCUGAGUGAUACAGCAGACUGUGUCUCAAAAAAACAAAGGGGUUGGCCAGGCGCGGUGGCUCACGCCUGUAAUCCCAGCACUUUGGGAGGCCGAGGCGGGCAGAUCAUGAGGUCAGGAAGUCGAGACCAUCCUGGCUAACACGAUGAAACCCUGUCUCUACUAAAAAUACAAAAAAUUAGCCGGGCGUGGUGGCGGGCGCCUGUAGUCCCAGCUACUCGGGAGGCUGAGGCAGGAGAAUGGCGUGAACCCGGGAGGCGGAGCUUGUAGUGAGCCAAGAUUGCACCACUGCACUCCAGCCUGGGUGACAGAGCAAGACUCCAUCUCAAAAACAAAAAAAAAGGGGUUAACUCUAGGGUGGAAAGAUGAAACUGACAAAAUCAGAAUGGAACAUCUGUAGACUUUGGCCAACAAAAAUCCAUCACUAAAUGGAAUGGUGAGUUAAAGCUGUCUACGUGAAGACUUUUCGGAAAUGAUUUACAUUAAAUAAUGGUAAAAUAUCAGUUUCUACCUAUGAGAAUAGGUUUAUUUUUUUGUUUUAUUUUUUGAGACAGGAUCUGGCUGUUACCCAGACUGGAGUGCAGUGAUGUGAUCUUGGCUCACUGCAGCCUCAGCCUCCUGGGCUCAAGCCAUCCUUCCACCUCAGCCUCCCAAGUAGCUGUGACUAUAGGUGCAUGCCACCACACUCAGCUAAUUUUUGUACUUUUAGAGACGAGGUUUUACCAUUUUGCCCAGGCUGGUCUCGAACUUAUGAGCUCAAGCAAUCCAACCUGCCUCAGCCACCUAAAGUGCUGGAUUACAGGUAUGAGCCACUGCACCUGGUCAGAACAGUUCACAUUUUAAAAAUCUUGGCAAGAAUAAGGUGAAAUGAGCACUUUCAAACUCAGAUCCUGAGGAAACAAUAAAAAAUGCAGGCAAGUUCAGUCAAAGAUUUAAUUGUGGCAUUAUUUGUAAUAAUGAAAUAUUAAACUGCCUAUAUACCCAACAAAUAGAAGACUGGUUAAAGAAAUUAACACAAGAUAUAUUUUACAGCCAUUAUAAAUAAUGAUAUGAAGAAUUAUUAAAAACAUGGGUCAUGAAAAGUACUUGUAACAUUGAAUGAUAAAAGCAUGAUUCAGAGUGUAAACUAUUCAUUAUGUGAUUUCAUGUGUUAUAAAUAUUUAUGUCAAAAGUGAGUGUGUGUGUGUGUGUGUGUGUGUUUCAGACAGGGUUUCACUCUGUUGUUCAGGCUAGAGAGCAAUGGCGCAACCAUAGCUCAUUGCAGCCUCGACCUGCUAGGCUCAAGUAAUCCUCCUCACUCAGCCUCCCAAGUAGCUACAGGUGUGUGCCAGCACACCCAGCUAACUGUUUUAUUUUUGUAGAGACAGGGUCCUGCCGUGUUGCCAGGGCUGGUCUCAAACUCCAGGGCUCAAGCGAUUUUCCUGCCUCAGCCUCCCAAAGUCCUGGGAUUACAGGCAUAAGUCACCAUGUCCAUCUAAUUUUUUUCUUUUUUACUGCCUUAUUGUUCAUUUCAACUUUGCUAUGAGGAAGUCAAUAUGCCACAGUGAAUGAGAACACAGGCUCUGAAGCCAGGUUGAAAUCUUGGCCCCUAGGUUUGCCAACUAUGUGAACUUGCACAAGUUACUUUUCCUCUCCAUGUCUCAGUAUUCUCAUCUUUAAAAUGGGCAUAAAAACAGUAUCUACCUUAUAGGGUCUAAGGAUAAAUGUAUGUGGAAUACUUAAUGCUUGGAACAGAGUAAAUGCUCAGUAAAUGUUAGCAAUUACUAUUAACACUAUUGUUUUAUAAGAAAGACAGAGGCCUACAGGGAAUCAAGUAGCCCGUUCAAGGUAACACGGUGGAAUAGAAUUUAUUAACUAUCCUUUGGUCUCAAUCUACUUCCUUCUUCUAUAAUUUCCAGACUCACAAAACAAUCUAUUAAUUUAACUGCUAAAAAAAUACAUAUAUACCUCGGUCAGGUGCCGUGGUUCAAACCUGUAAUCCCAGCACUUUGGGAGGCCAAGGCAGGAGGAUCACUUGAGCCCAGGAGUUUGAGACCAGCCUGGACAA